GUAAAGUGCAAGGAAGCAAGAAGUGCUUUAUUAUAUUCCCUCAGUCAGCAAGCACUUGGAGAAAGUAAGUCACAGAGUUUGCAGAAACGAGUAAACGAAUUUAAUUUUCACACCCUCCAAUCCAACCCCCCCAUUAUUCUUUACUUUCUUCCUCCGCUUUCUGCUCCCGAACCCUAGAAUAAAAAAAAUAAAAAUUUCACCUUUAGACCUAAAAUGGAGCUCCUCCACAAACCCUAGAAAUCCCACUUCUCCUCACAAAAACUCAGAUUCAGCUCAAACCCAUUUUCCAUCCAUGGCCGCUUUAUCCAUUUCCGGGCACUUCACCGUCUUCACUUUCCUUCUCUUUUUCUUCUUCAGACCCUUUGCUGCAGACUCAAAUUCAUCCUUUUCGUUUCCAGAGUUUGGUAAAAAUCAGAAAUUGGAGUCCAAUAUUGCUUUUUAUGGGGAUGCGAAGGUCGUCAAUGGUGGAUAUGCUGUUCAAAUUACUAGCUCAUCGAGUUCUAGUGCUGGUAGAGUCAUGUACAAGAAACCCAUCAAGCUUGUUGAAGGUAAACCUCAGAAAUUGGUCUCAUUUUCCACGUACCUUUCCUUCUCUGUUUCUCCUGGCAAUGGUGAUGGUUUGGCCUUCAUUGUGGUUCCUAGUGCAUUUGAUGUCAAUAAGUUUUGUAAUUGCUCAUUUGGGCUUUCUGUGGGAUUUGGAAAAAGCAAAUUUAAAGUUAUUGUGGUUAAAUUCUAUACAUUAAGUGACUCUAAGUAUGAUGGUUUGUUAAAUGUUCAUGUGGGAAUUGAUGUGGGUAGUGUGGUAUCAGCUAAAGUAAGCAAUUCUUCAACUAUCAAUAUGAGUCUUCAUACUGGGAAUAAAUCUCAUGCUUGGAUAGAUUAUGAAGCGGGUUCUAAACGACUAGAAGUUAGAUUGAGUAAAUUUGGGGAUUCCAAGCCUUCUGAUCCGUUGCUAUGGUACCCGAUAGACUUGUCAAGGAUGUGGGAUGAUGAGGAAGCAUUUGUGGGUCUGAGUGCAUCUAGUUGGAACUUCUCUCAGACUAGUUUACUCUACUCUUGGAUCUUUGAGCAGAGGCAUAUUCCCCAAUGGAUGCACUCCGAGCCACUGGAUCCUAAGGCCUUUGCUAAGAGCUCAAAACAUUUGACGGUACAGAAGAGGAAGGACUGUCUGAUUAGAGUUCUUGCGGCAAUGAUCUUUGGUGCUGCCUGUGGAGCCUUGGCGGCAUUCACCGGCUUGUAUUUGUGGACGAUAUUCGGUAAUAGGCGUCCAGUGGUGCCGGAGGAGUAUGCUGUGCAACCUGUGGAUUUUGAGUAUAAGAAGGUGAAAGUAGUUGUAGAUAAAGCCACCGAAGAUGGGAAGCAGUAGAGGUUGGAUGCUGGAGGGUCUGUUGUAUGGUUUGUGUUGUAAAUCAAUGGUUUUUUGUUUUUUUUUUUUUUUUUUUUUUGACUUUGUAUUUUUAGUUUUUGUUGUGUCAUUGACUGGUUGUAACUUGUAAUCUGGAGAAGCAAAUUUGUCAAACAUGCAAGCAGUAGAUUUUGUUAGAGAUUUCUCCAAAUAUUUGGAGCACUUGGAUUCCACUCUGAAAUGAAGAAAUGAAAUAUCGUAGGAUUUAAUCCA